AUGGCCGCUUUCCUUCACCACUGCCCCUUCCUGAAGUCGGCCCCCAAGCCUGUUUUGCUGAGAACUGGGGCCACCCUCCUCUCCAUGGCCGACCGAUGCCCCAUGAUUGCCCGCCAGAUCACUGUUUGUGCCUCAAUCCCCAAGGAGAGGAAGACAACCAUCCAUUCUACCCAGUCAGCAGGCCUCCUGCCCCUGAGGGUGGACUCAAAGCGUCAUUUUGCCCAAUCAGCAACCCAGGUGGCUGUCUCCAUGUCCAAGGGAUGUCCCUUUGUCUCCAACCAGAUUGGCAUGGUAAGAGCGAGCCCUGAGGUUCAGGAGGACGUCCCGACAGAGUCUAACCCAGGUAAAGACAACACAAUAGUAGUUUAUUUGUUUAUUUGGAUCCCCAUUGGCUUUUGCAGAAGCAGCAGCUACUCUUCGUGGGGUCCACAAAAAACACAAAACAUGACAAGUAACAAAACACUGAUACACUGAUAGACAAGGGCAGACACACAAAUUUAAAUACAAUGAUAUACAAACAAUACAACUAAAAAAGAAUACAAAGAAUACAACAACAAAAUAAUGUGUGUUAGAGUGUGUCUGUGUGUGCGUGUGUUUGUGUGUGUGUCCCCUCACAGUCCCCGCCGUUCCAUGAGAUGUUGUUUAAUACGUUUUUUAAAGGUAAUUUUGCUGUUUGCUUGAGUAAUUGGAGAUGGAGUUCCAUGCGAUCAUGGCUCUGUAUAAUACUGUACAUUGCCGUGAAUUCGUUUUGGACUUGGGAACUGUGAAGAGACCUCUGGUGGUCUUGGGUUGGGUUAAAUGCGGAAGACACAUUUCAGUUGAAUGCAUUCAGUUUUAUAACUGACUAGGUAUCCCCCUUUCCCGUUUCCUUUUUGUGGGGUAUGUAUGGGUGUCUGACCUGAAUGUUAUUUGAUUAUGCAGACAAUCCGAAAUUUUAAUCACAGCAAUAUUUCUCAUAAAAACUAGAAGAGAAGCAGUUAAUCCCUCAACCAGGAAAGACUGGCAUGCAUGUUGUUGAUGUUAGUUCUGUAUGUGCAGUUAAGGGCAAGGUGUGCUGCUCUGUAGCUUUACUAGAUAUUUCUUUGCUGCACUUGACCCUAUUACCGGACAGUAAUCAAGAUGGAACAAGACCAGAGCCUGAACAACUAGUACAGUUGAUUAUUGUGUAAAAAAAUGCACAUCUUUUUAUAACAUCUUUUUAUACCCUUCCCCAUCUUCACAAUAAUUUUGUCAAUAUGACUUGACCAUGAUAAUUGACCAUGUAAUGUUAUACCUAGGUGUUUAGCUUCCAAAACUUGCUCAAUGGACACAAACACCAGCGCAAACACAGCAGACACACUUUGGUAGACACAAACAACAGGUCCAAGUUCUAAACACAGUGAAACAAUGUACACUUGCCCCACUUAAGACAAAGAAACAAACUGGGGUAAAAAUAAAUGAGAAAUACAGUAUAGUACAGACUGUUAUACCCCUGCUCUCUGUCACAGGUAUGCAGAGUUCUCUUUUGAAGGAACUCGAGGACUCCAUCAUGCCGAUGGUCCAAACCCCCAGUGUGUCCCACCUCCUGAAGGACAACAUAGGUGAAUCAGUUCAUAAUACCAGUGUGACUCUUUUGCAUUGACUCAAUCAGAGCAGAAGUUACACUGUAGUUCUACAAUAAAUUAUACUGAUAUAAUACAGUACAUCACCCAGAACUGUUUUCAGUCACACUUUAUAUUAAGUGGUAAUUUGAUACCAAUUUAAUGAUUAUUUCAUUGGCAGGUACUGUGUAAAUACAUUUACAUACGUUGUAUUACAUACAACUUAUCUGUUUACACAGCUUUAAAAGGGAACAGAUUACCAAGUAUAGGCCUGUUUACAAUCAAGUAAUCUUAUGCAAUAAUUAUGCACAGCGAAAUGAGGUUUAAACGCAAGCAAUUUGAGUUGAUUUGUAAAUGGUAUGUCAAUGCAUAGUUGCAUAAACCACAAUCAGGUAUCACAGAUGUAUCAAGUUACUACCGGUAUGUAGAGUGGGACCCAAUUUUCUUUUCAUUCAAUGGAUACAUGAUGAUUCAUUCUUCAUCAAAUUAACCAAGUUAUUGGAUUUAAAAUCACAUAAUUUGAGAAACUAUAUGUAUGUCUGUUUCACAACAGAAUAUCGCUGACACUAUUAUACUUUUAACCCCUCCAGUUGGCCCCAGUUUCGACUACGAUGGCUUCUUCUACAGGAAGAUCUUUGAGAAGAAGAAUGACCACACCUACCGCAUCUUUAAGACGGUGAAUCGGCGCGCUGACGUCUUUCCCUUUGCCGAAGACUACUCCAUUGCCGGGCGGGAAGGCUCCCAGGUGUCUGUCUGGUGCAGUAACGACUACCUAGGCAUGGGUAGCCACCCCCGGGUCCUCAACGGGAUUCAGUAAGCCAGACAUCAGAAUUCUUUCUCAAUUCAUCUUUUCUUGAUCCCUCACAUCCUCUCUCCUUGCCUCCUCAAAACACAUUGGAGAAGGGGAGGGAGUUUGGACCUUCUCUUCCAAUAUGGUUGAGAAGGCGGCGAGGAGAUAGGAUGUGAGGAAUCAUAGAAACACAAAUUGAGAUUGAGCCCAUGACCCAGUGCAAAAAGACCAAAGUCGAAAUUCAACCGACUCAAUUCCUUAGAUAUUCUAUUAGAUAUUCUACAUGUAUGGCUCAUCAUACUACAUUAUAUUCUUACGCUACCCCCAGAACUGUAUUAGAAAGUUCAAAGCAGUUGACCAUAGCCAGGGCUAAACUAAAUCAUGAACAAACUUGCUGUAUUAAUGAUAAAAUGUUCCGCAUUAGACAAAAACAUUACCAGUAUGAUAAUAAACCAAGUAAGCUCCUUGCCUAUCAAUUGAAAAAAAAAGAAACAAUCCGAACGCACGAUUAACGCCAUUAGCUUACAGAAUAACUCAGUCACCUAUGACCCAAUUUUGAUAAAUAAAGCCUUUUAUGGCUUUUAUGAUACUUUGUAUACAUCACAAUCCAACUAUUCACCUCAUGACCUACAAUCAUAUUUAGACAGCAUUUCUCUCCCGAAACUAUCCAAACCAGAGCAGCCGUUUCUCAAUUCUCCUUUUACUCCUGAGGAAGUAUUUGCAGCAAUUAAAUCUAUGCCUAAUAAUAAAUCCCCAGGCCCAGACGGCUUCCCAGGUGAAUUUUACAAGCAGUUCUGGCCAGAACUAUGUCCUAUAUUUAUGGCUAUGAUAGAUUACUUUUAUAUUAAGGGAAUUUUGCCUGAUUCUAUGAAUACAGCUUGUAUCAGUGUCUUGCUUAAAAGUGGGAAGGACCAAUUAGAAUGCUCUUCUUUUAGACGGAUAAGUUUGUUGAAUUUUGAUUACAAAGUGGUAACUAAAUUGAUAGCCAGAGGACUAGAGGUUCUAUUACCCUCGCUUAUUAAACCCGAUCAAACGGGAUUGAUAAAAAACAGGUACUCAUCGGAUGUUAGACGUCUGUUUGAUGUUAUCAACCAUUUAAAUGAGCAUAAGACUCCUUCUAUAUUGUUGUCAUUAGAUGCUGAGAAGGCGUUCGACAGAGUUGAAUGGAAUUUCCUUUUCUCUGUUUUGCAAAAAUGUCAUAUGGAUGCUAAUUUCAUCAAAUGGGUCAAAGCGAUUUAUACCAGUCCCAGAGUUAUGGUCUCCACCAAUGGUUUAAGGUCACAAGAAUUUCCCCUGAGUAGAGGGACCCGGCAAGGCUGUCCUCUGUCCCCCCUUCUCUUCUCGAUGGCCGUAGAACCGCUGGCAGAGUCCAUACUUUCUAAUGAGAGUAUCAGAGGUCCCAUUAUUGCAGAUCAGGAACAUAGGCUAUCUUUAUAUGUAGAUGAUAUUAUAUUGUAUGUUGUCAAUCCAGUGAACUCCAUUCCACAUAUGUACAUUCUCUAGAUACAAAGCUAAUUUUAUCAAAUCUAAUGCCUGUUUGCUAAAAGCCAGCUAACAGAUUAGUUGAGUUUGGUCUGUCCCUUCUCUUGGAAACCAAAUGGAUUCAAAUAUUUGAGAAUAAAUGUUAACCCAGUUCUAAAGAAUUAUCUAAAUUAAAGAAGACCUGAUUCGUUGGUCCACUCUCCCAGUAACUAUGAUUGGAAGGAUAAACAUAAUCAAGAUGUUGACCUGUUAUUUACCUUAUUCUUUAUUUUCUUUAAAAAAAUAAUUGUAUUAAGGUUUAUAUGGUGUAACAAAAAUAAUCAAGUUCUCUACUCUGCUCAAACCUGAAUCUAUGGGGGGUCUGGGUCUGCCCAAUUUCCAAUUGUAUUAUUGGUCAGCCCAAACUCGCAAUUUGUUGUCUUGAACUUUGGACAGACACUAUAUUCAGAUUGAAGCUCAAUUUAGCCACCUUUUACCUCUAAAGAAUCUUAUGUUUGUUAAUCGGUUCUAACAUAUUUGUGAUAACAAUAAGACCUUUACUAUGUACAACACAUUAAUGGCAUGGGCAGACUGUAGAAAGUACUUAGGUAUUUCAAACACGUAUUCUUUACUUGUGUCUAUCUCUUGUAAUCCUGACCUGCCCAAUGCGUUCUCAAAGGUCGACCUCUAUAGGUGGUGCUUGCUGGGUCUUGUGACGUUUGCUGACCUGGUCCGUAGUGGAUAGAAUACAAUUAAGUAAUUUAUCGAAAUCCGUACUGAAUACAACAUUCCUGGUACAGAUUUUUUUUAGAUAUCUUCAAAUCUGAAAUGUUUUCCUUAUGAUUAUCAAAGAAGGAAAGCUGAGAUCUCAGUUGUAAGAAGUUGAAGAAUUAAUAAUUAUUCUAUAUCUAUCAAAGGAAUAAAUGCUAAGAUGUACCUCACAUUAUCAAGACAAUAGGAAUCCACCUUUAUUCCUCUUCAAAGGAUGUGGGAAAACGAUUUAGGUAUGGAAUUUGAUGAGGAGGUCUGGCUUGAGAUCUGUAAUAAGAUACACUACCCACUUACUAGUUUGAAUAUUAAGGAAAGUAACUACAAAUUCAUUUUCAAGUUGGAAUGUUAAAUGAAAUCGUAUGUUCCCAGACACCUCACCAAAUUGCCCGAAAUGUUGGACCAGAAAAGGAACCUUUUUGCACCUACAGUAUUUUGCCAAUGCAAUAAGAUAAUGGAUUUCUGGUGAUCUAUUCAUACAACCACUCCUUAAUCACAUGCCAAAUAUAAAUAAUAAUUGUACUAGUUGAUCCGAAAACCUCUGAAAAUAUAACUGUAUUAUGAAAUUGUAUCUGCUGCUAUUUGUCACCAAGUUAUAAUGCUAACUACUGUACAUGAAUUGCAUUUGCUGCUGAUAAUUGUACCUGCUGCUAUUUGGUAUUUGUUAUCUUUAUAUACAGCUGCAGAAAACAUUAAGAGACCACUGCAAAAUUAUCAGUUUCUCUGGUUUUACUAUUUAUAGGUAUGUUUCUCCCAAAUUCCAAAUAAAGAUAUUGUCAUUUAGAGCAUUUAUUUGCAGAAAAUGACAACUGGUCAAAAUAACAAAAAAUAUGCAGUGUUGUCAGACCUCGAAUAAUGCAAAGAAAAUAAGUUCAUGUUCAUUUUUAAACAACACAAUAUUAAUGUUUUAACUUAGGAAGAGUUCAGAAAUCAAUAUUUGGUGGAAUAACCCUGAUUUUCAAUUACAGCUUUCAUGCAUCUUGGCAUGCUCUCCACCAGUCUUUCACAUUGAUGUUGGGUGACUUUAUGCCACUCCUGGCGCAGAAAUUCAAGCAGCUCGGCUUUGUUUGAUGGCUUGUGACCAUCCAUCUUCCUCUUGAUCACAUUCCAGAAGUUUUCAAUGGGGUUCAGGUCUGGAGAUUGGGCUGGCCAUGACAGGGUCUUGAUCUAGUGGUCCUCCAUCCACACCUUGAUUGACCUGGCUGUGUGGCAUGGCGCAUUGUCCUGCUGGAAAAACCAAUCCUCAGAAUUGGGGAACAAUGUCAGAGCAAAAGGAAGCAAGUUUUCUUCCAGGACAACCUUGUACGUGGCUUGAUUCAUGCAUCCUUCACAAAGACAAAUCUGCCCGAUUCCAGCCUUGCUGAAGCACCCCCAGAUCAUCACCGAUCCUCCACCAAAUUUCACAGUGGGUGCGAGACACUGUGGCUUGUAGGCCUCUCCAGGUCUCCGUCUAAACAUUAGACGACCAGGUGUUGGGCAAAGCUGAAAAUUGGACUCAUCAGAGAAGAUGACCUUACUCCAGUCCUCUAUGGUCCAAUCCUUAUGGUCUUUUGAAACCUCAGUCUGGCUCUUCUUUGCUUCUCAUUGAUGAAGGGCUUUUUUUUAGCUUUGCACGACUUCAGCUCUGCCCCUAGGAGCCUGUUUCAAACCGUCCUCGCCGUGCACUUCACCCCAGCUGCCGUUUGCCAUUCUUUUUGUAGGUCACUUGAUGUCAUCCUAUGGUUGUUGAGUGACAUUCGAAUGAGUUGGUGGUCAUCCCGGUCAGUAGAGAGUCGUUUUCGCCCUCUGCCAGUCUGUAACUUUGUUGUCCCCAAUGUCUGCUGCUUGACCUUGUUCUUAUGAACCGCCGUCUUUGAAAUUUUAAGGAUGGAAGCAACCUGACGCUCACUGUAUCCCUCUGCUAGUAAAGCCAGAAUUGAACCCUUCUUUUCCUCACUCAAAACUUUCCUUUUCAGCUCUUUUGGCAUGGUCAAUAGUCAUGUUUUUAUUAAUAUUACUUUUGAGGUACUAUUAGCACUGUUUUUGCCAUCCAGCUGGUCCUAUUGCAAGAGGAUAGUGAUGACCACAGCAGUCGUUUUUAUACUUUUCCUCGUUAAAUAAGAUUUGGGAUGUGAUCACCUAAUCAGUACCUAAUUCAGUAGAAUGAGGUGUGCCUGUGUUGGAAUUCAACAGACAUUGGUAUGGAAUGGCUGUCAUACAUGUAGAGAUGCUGAUUUAAGAAACAUUUGCAAUGGUCUCUUAAUUUUUUCCAGAGCUGUAUAUAUAUACAUAUAUUAUUUUAUUUUAAUGUCUUUAUAAUUGUUAUGAAAAAAUAAAAAUAAUAACCAUAACAUAUCUUCUUUGACGUGUUGGAGAUGAGGUUAGUGUAAGAUGUGAUGUUUGACUGUGAUUCUUCUUGGAUUCUCUCAGGGAUGCCCUGAGUAGGCAUGGCGCGGGUGCCGGAGGCACCAGGAACAUCUCUGGCACCAGUAACUUCCAUGUGCUGCUGGAAAAAGAACUGGCCCAGCUCCACCAGAAAGAUGGAGCGUUGGUCUUCUCAUCCUGCUUCGUGGCCAACGACUCCACCCUCUUCACCCUAGCCAAAAUGCUGCCAGGUUAACCUAAACAUAGGGCCCUCCCUGGUCUCCAUGCUAAAAGUCAAACAUUGACAGAGGAUAAGAGGUAGCAUGGUCCAGGGUCUGUUUGUGCUAUCUUGCUAACUUGUGACAAUGACCAUAGGAGUUGACAAGAUAGCACUAACAGAUCUGGGACCAGGCUAGAUGAGAGGUAGCAAUGAGAGGAAUAGUCAAUACUUAUAACGUUUCAUUCUAAUCAGAACUUCAGCAUUGCUUUCAAGGGCAAUGUGGUCACAUUAGUGCCACCAAUCUAUUUUCCAAAAUAUGUUCUUUGUACUAUAUUGCACACACUCUAUAAUUGCUGGUAGAUGUUAAUUCUGCCUUGUGGGCUCUCUGCUUUGAAAUACAGGCUGUGAGAUCUACUCUGACAUGGGGAACCACGCUUCAAUGAUCCAGGGCAUAAGGAACAGUGGCGCCAAGCGCUUCAUCUUCCGCCAUAACGACAGCCAACACCUGGAGGAACUGCUGAGUGGCUCCGACCCCAAGACGCCCAAAAUCGUGGCCUUUGAGACCGUGCACUCAAUGGACGGUAAGUGUCACGAAAUGGGCUACACGCUCAUGUUGCGUGUUGGUUUAUCUUUGGUUUUCUUUCAUAAUAUAUAUUUUGCUAGGGGUUUGUGGUGGUUUAACAUGAGAUAAGCAAGCAGUAUUAUUUAUUUGUUGCUAAUAUUGUAUGUUACAUCCUCUCAUAUUAAUAUAUUACGUUCAAAAAAUAUCAUAUCCCAGUCAGUGUUAAUUUUGAGUGCUACACAUUUCGUAAUUCUGUAUUGCUUAGUGCCUCAGUAAUGAUAUCCACGGUCUCUCAGUUAUUUACAGUAAAAGGUGGUAUAUCCUAUUUCAUCUCACUCGCUCUCAGGUGCUAUAUGUCCCCUGGAGGAGCUAUGUGAUGUGGCCCAUCGCUAUGGGGCCUUGACGUUUGUUGAUGAGGUCCAUGCUGUGGGCCUGUAUGGAGCCCAAGGGGCCGGUGUGGGAGAGAGAGACAACAUCAUGCACAAGAUUGACAUUGUCUCUGGAACCUUGGGUAAGCAAUAAACAGGUUUGAUAAGAGUAUCUAUGUUUUAUGGAUUUGUUGUUGUUUUUAUAAGUAUAUUUUGUACCAUGCUGUACUGCAUUUUAUUCUGUACUAUUGGUGCUUCCUCUUGCCCAUGGCUCACCUAAAAAAGAGAUGAAUAUGUCAACGGGACUCACCUUGUUAAAUAAAAGAUCAAAUAAACAGAUGUGUCUGCUUAAACAAGGACAGUUCUUCCCUAGCCCAACGAGGGACAUCAGUUGAUUCCCACUUAUUUCAUUUGUUUUAUUUCAAGAAUCUAAAAAAGUCUAGAUUUUUUGUGACUACUACCACAAAGUGAACUAGUAAUAUGUUUUUAUUAAUUCAUUUAAUUAUUGUUAUUAUACACACUUACAGGGAAGCAGGUUCCAUAAUAGCUAUAACCAUUUAGUCUCUGUCUGUCUUAGCUUGUCUCAGAGCUAGGGAAAUGCCCCUCACAGCAGAGAUAGAUUUGAGUCUCUCCUUGGAAUAGGUCCCAUUUAACCAAUUAAUGCUGGUCAUCAUGCACUAACUGACACAUUUAUAUUGCUGACAUCGCAGUAACAACUUUCAUCAUGCGCUGGUGUUGGUUAACCGAGGGCACGACAGAGAAAGCAGGCCAGGGGAUAUACGUAUCAGCUGUGGAAGUGCUCCCACACACCCAGUCUGGUCAUGCUGAUAAGUCUCUCUAGGAGCAGUUUCUGUGGAUAGCUCAAGGAAUAAGUUGCCUUUUAUGCACAGAUCUAAGGUCAGCUUACCUUCUCUCAAUCCUAACCUUCACCAUUUGAAGGUAGAACUCAAUAUUACUUUAGAUCAGCGCUUAUAAAGGCUACCUUAGAUGACAAGGGGGUAUUUAGCAAAUCUAGUCUUUGGCCUACUUAUUUCAGAGUAUGUGGUUGUCAACCUAGCUAGGUCACAUUGGGUCACAUUCAAACUUGAUAAACACUAUUUGAACUAGGAAUACUCCAUCGCUUCCAAAAUCCAGUAAUAGUGUACACUAACUCCCAUAACCAUAAUGGUUCAUUGUGAUUUGAGGUGUGUUUGUUAUACUAUAUCUGUAAGUUAUAGAUACUGUAUAUGGCUUUAUUGUAUAUAUACAAAGCAUUCCAUUGAAUCAUUAUUUAUUCUUCUUCUUCUGUUUCCUCUUCUAUUUCUUCUUCUUCUUCUUCUUCACCAUUGCUGCAGGUAAAGCCUUUGGCUGCGUGGGGGGCUACAUUGCCAGUAGCGCUGCGCUGGUGGACACGGUGCGCUCCUUCGCUGCAGGCUUCAUCUUCACUACCUCGCUGCCCCCCAUGGUGCUGGCUGGGGCCCUGGAGUCUGUGAGGGUCCUGAGGAGCUCCGAGGGCCAGGCGCUGCGCAGGGCCCACCAGAGGAACGUCAAACACAUGAGACAGCUGCUCCUGGAGAAAGGACUGCCUGUGGUCAAUUGCCCCAGCCACAUCAUCCCAAUAAAGGUACUGUAAGAGAUACUACAUUUACACUGCUACUUCAUCAUUUGUGUUGAUAAGGAGACAGGAGGGAGACCAUUGUAUAUGUUGUGCAGAGUAUUAUGGGUACUGUAGUACAUGUUCUAUUACUACUACAGCGUUAAGAGCAGUGGAUACCCUAGCUAUUUCACUCCAGUUAUGAGAGUUACUGUGUCAUGGCCCUGCCAUUUUCUCAACUUCUUGUUUCUCUGGUAGUUCUGUCCUCCUGCACCAAGACAUUGAUAGUUCCUUCUCAAGCCACCUGUUAAACCUUUUAAAAAAUCAUCACAUCCUGAUAGUUGAAUCAUCUCAAAUAAUAAUCUAGUUGACACAAAUUAAGAAGCAUGUGGAUUGUCUGUGCACCUCUCAUUUAACUGGGUCAUUUCUAUGACUAAAGGGGUAUAGCAUUUCUAGAGAUUAAUUUUGGUUUGCUUAAUAUAAGGAAUUUGAAAUGAUUUAUACUUUUACUUUUGAUACUUAAGUAUAUUUUAGCAAUUACAUUUACUUUUGAUACACUGCUCAAAAAAAUAAAGGGAACACUUAAACAACACAUCCUAGAUCUGAAUGAAUGAAAUAAUCUUAUUAAAUACUUUUUUCUUUACAUAGUUGAAUGUGCUGACAACAAAAUCACACAAAAAUUAUCAAUGGAAAUCAAAUUUAUCAACCCAUGGAGGUCUGGAUUUGGAGUCACCCUCAAAAUUAAAGUGGAAAACCACACUACAGGCUGAUCCAACUUUGAUGUAAUGUCCUUAAAACAAGUCAAAAUGAGGCUCAGUAGUGUGUGUGGCCUCCACGUGCCUGUAUGACCUCCCUACAACGCCUGGGCAUGCUCCUGAUGAGGUGGCGGAUGGUCUCCUGAGGGAUCUCCUCCCAGACCUGGACUAAAGCAUCCGCCAACUCCUGGACAGUCUGUGGUGCAACGUGGCGUUGGUGGAUGGAGCGAGACAUGAUGUCCCAGAUGUGCUCAAUUGGAUUCAGGUCUGGGGAACGGGCGGGCCAGUCCAAUAGCAUCAAUGCCUUCCUCUUGCAGGAACUGCUGACACACUCCAGCCACAUGAGGUCUAGCAUUGUCUUGCAUUAGGAGGAACCCAGGGCCAACCGCACCAGCAUAUGGUCUCACAAGGGGUCUGAGGAUCUCAUCUCGGUACCUAAUGGCAGUCAGGCUACCUCUGGCGAGCACAUGGAGGGCUGUGCGGCCCCACAAAGAAAUGCCACCCCACACCAUGACUGACCCACCGCCAAACCGGUCAUGCUGGAGGAUGUUGCAGGCAGCAGAACGUUCUCCACGGCGUCUCCAGACUCUGUCACGUCUGUCACAUGUGCUCAGUGUGAACCUGCUUUUAUCUGUGAAGAGCACAGGGCACCAGUGGCGAAUUUGCCAAUCUUGGUGUUCUCUGGCAAAUGCCAAACGUCCUGCACGGUGUUGGGCUGUAAGCACAACCCCCACCUGUGGACGUCAGGCCCUCAUACCACCCUCAUGGAGUCUGUUUCUGACCAUUUGAGCAGACAAUUGCACAUUUGUGGCCUGCUGGAGGUCAUUUUGCAGGGCUCUGGCAGUGCUCCUCCUGCUCCUCCUUGCACAAAGGCGGAGGUAGCGGUCCUGCUGCUGGGCUGUUGCCCUCCUAUGGCCUCCUCCACGUCUCCUGAUGUACUGGCCUGUCUCCUGGUAGCGCCUCCAUGCUCUGGACACUACGCUGACAGACACAGCAAACCUUCUUGCCACAGCUCGCAUUGAUGUGCCAUCCUGGAUGAGCUGCACUACCUGAGCCACUUGUGUAGGUUGUAGACUCCGUCUCAUGCUACCACAAGAGUGAAAGCACCGCCAGCAUUCAAAAGUGACCAAAACAUCAGCCAGGAAGCAUAGGAACUGAGAAGUGGUCUGUGGUCACCACCUGCAGAACCACUUCUUUAUUGGGGGUGUCUUGCUAAUUGCCUAUAAUUUCCACCUGUUGUCUAUUCCAUUUGCACAACAGCAUUUUAAAUUUAUUGUCAAUCAGUGUUGCUUCCUAAGUGGACAGUUUGAUUUCACAGAAGUGUGAUUGACUUGGAGUUACAUUGUGUUGUUUAAGUGUUCCCUUUAUUUUUUUGAGCAGUGUAGUUAAGUAUAUUUUAAACCAAAUACUUUUAGACUUUUACUCAAGUAGUAUUUUACUGGGUGACUUUUACUUGAGUCCUUUUCUAUUAAGGUAUCUUUACUUUUACUCAAGUAUGACAGCUGGGUACUUUUUCUACCACUGCCUACCCCAGAAACAACAUGUAAUCUAUUAUCAAAAUAUUUUACCACUCAAGCUAUCUCUGAAGCCUCAGUGCCAGUUUACUGUAUGCUCUCUGGCAAACCCUUAUUGAAUUCCAUAAGGAGUUGGCAAGAGAGCAGAAACAGACUGGCUCCCAGGCUGAUCAUUCUGUACAUGACAGUGAUGCAAGGAUGUACUUUGAACAUGUUUGAGCACGGCACACUAAGUUCAUUAUCGAGAUGAUAGACUGUAUUUGUGUGUGUGUGCAUGCAUUGUCAUUUCUCAGGUUGGUAAUGCGGAGCUCAACUCCAAGGUGUGUGACAUCUUGCUGGAGCGACACAACAUCUACGUCCAGGCCAUCAAUUACCCGACCGUAGCCCGAGGCGAGGAGCUGCUGCGUCUGGCUCCCUCCCCUCACCACAACCCCGCAAUGAUGGAGUACUUUGUGGGUGAGUGACAAAGCCACCUGCUGCUACUGCUCUGACAAGGUUUCCCGUAGAAUUGGCCUUUGUUCAAGCGUCUCAGAGUAGGAGUGUUGAUCUAGGAUCAGGUCCCCCCUGUCUAUAUAAUCAUAUUCAUUAUGAUCUAAAAGGCAAAACUGAUCCUAAAUCAGCUCUGAGACUCUUUGUGAAUACGUCCGGUGGUGUUCAACCCAUUAAUGGUCAAUGGUCAUAUUUGACACAUCGGGGGUCUGGAGAAAGAAAACUUCAACUACCAAUAGUAUCCUUUCUCAGUGUAUUCACUGUAGACUUAAAAUAAGAUACUGCAGCAAAUACUAUUAGCUGUGUUAGCCGUGACUCACGUUUCUUUGUGUUUGACACGUUUCACUUUUAUUGACAGAGAGGCUCGUGGAGGUGUGGCAAGAAACGGGGCUCCUUCUGAACGGGCCGGCGACUGUCUCCUGCACCUUCUGUGACCGCCCACUGCACUUUGACCUGAUGAGUGAGUGGGAGAAAUCCUACUUUGGCAACAUGGAGCCUCAAUACAUCACUGUGUCCGCUUAG